AACUAUAAAUUUAAACAAACAAGGUCAACAAGGUUAAUUAAUAAUGUGUCCGAUGCCAUUCAAACAUUACAACGAGAUCAUUGUCGACGCGGAGCUAAAAGCGGGCGCAAUGAUCGAGAUUAGUCGCAAAGACCACAAACACUGGGUUAUGUGCGAGAGUGUGUCGCGCGGCACAGGUAUAGUGCGGUGCUAUCACGUGGAGCCCAAUCAGGACCAGUCGUUGGCGUGGAUUAAACACGAGACGUUGCGACAUAUAUUACGUAAAGGGAGGGCGAGGGAGGGGUCGGACAGCAAACCCGUAUACGAUUUGUGUCGCGUAAACAACCAGAAAAUAGAGGCACAGAGAAGGCAGUUGACUGAAGUGGACCUCAAACUUAUAUUUGACACGUUGUGGGCUUUGAGAGAUAAGAUGGUUAAUUAUUCACCUGGGGAAUAUAACUGCGAGUGGUAUUGUACACAAUGGAAGUAUGGCACGGGUUGGAGUACAAACACCAUGGUUGAAACAGAUAAUAUUCAUGUCAAUAUAAUAAGGGUAGCAAUC